UGGUCAGAGUUGGCCGGUAAACUAGUUGUAGUUUUUAAAAUUUUAUCUAUAAAAAACUGCAAAAACAGCUGAAUAGCCUAUCCUAGGUACUUAUUAAAAUAUAAAGAGGUGAUAUCAUUGUUAAAUAUAAAAUGGAGCCAAUGGCAUUAGGCAGUCCGACUCACUCUCCUUCUGGUAGUCCGAACGUGGGAUAUUUGCCACCUUUUCUGUUGGGUGAAAUAAAUCCACCUACAACUCCUAGAACAAAUAGUCUUUCACCGACCAAAGCAAGAAAUUUAGCAUUUGGUUCCCCAACAAGCCCAACCCAAACUUCUACACCUGACCAAAAGCUGUAUCGACAGAGCAUAUCAAUGCACCAACAAGCUAUAUACAAUCACCAAAAUGUGUUUGCAAACAUGCCCACGUCACCCAAUGUUUCAUAUUCUGCGAAGCCCAGUGGACCUCCUAUUGAAGACUUAUUUGACACAAUAAAAAGUAACGAACCAUCUGUAAACAAAUCACUAUUCCAAGAUAACAGUUUUUUGGGUUACGGCAAUAAUAACUCAUUCAUGCAAAACUCGUAUGUAAAUAAUAAUGUUUCUGUAAAUAAUCAAUCAUUGACAAAUCAGUGGCAAGAUGGAUGCCAGGAUCAUGAUGAAUAUUGGGUGACCGUGUUUGGUUUUCCCCCGAAUGCAGCCAAUACAGUUUUAGCAAGAUUCAGUAAUUGUGGAGCUAUUUUAGAUAAACAAUACCCCACACAAGGGAACUGGGCGCACAUAAGAUACGCGACUCGAGCAGAGAAGGAGCGAGCGUUGGCCCUCAACGGUAGACAAGUACUGCCUGGCACUAUGGUGGGAGUGGUCGAGUGCAGGGACCCGCCGAGGGGAAGCGCCGCCAGCCCGGGGGUUUAUCCUGAGAGACCAACAUCACAAGCGCGGUCUCUCUGCCCGACUCCAGUCGCGCAGGCGCCGGUUCCUCAAAGAUCUAGUGGACUGAUAUCCAAAGCAUUAGAUUAUGUAUUAAGUUGGUGACACAUGCUUCACACUUAGUUCUAACUUGAAUAGGAAAUAUUAAAAUCAUUUUAAGGGUAUAAAAUUAUGUGCCAAUCCUUUUUUUGACAUUCAUUUGAUUUUGUAUGGAUUAAUACUAUUGAAUAGGUUCUGAAUGAGGCAGGACUUCUUUAUGUUGAAAUAUAAACGGAUGUAAGACAGAGAUGCAUGCAUUUAUUAUGUUUUCUGUAUAAUAUGAACACCUGUAAUAUAAGAAAUUUAGUUUUUACAUUUCAAUUAAUAAUAAUUACUAGAUAAACAAUCAGUGACAAAAAACGUUGUAAAUCUGACCCUAAUUCAUCUGAAUAAGGUUGAAUUUAUUUUGUGAAUACAGACCAGCUAACUUAGGUUGAAAAAUUUAUUGGUUUUGGUACGAUGUGUGAAUACACUUAUAAGUAAUUUUGAAAAGCUUGAUUUUCCUUACAACUAGAAUUUUGAGAAACACUUUUUAGGACAGUUUUUUGUGUUAGAUUGUAUAUCUAGUUGUUUUUCAUGAUCGAAGUUUUUACGGCAUGCUUGUUUUCUCAAGUAGAAAAUUUUAAAUUACAAAUUGUUGUAAAUAGUUGUAAUCCAGUGCAUUUUUCCAAUACACAAUAAUUUUAAAUAAAAAGCAUUUUC